UUAAUGUUUUAUGUGCGCGGACUCUCCGAUAAUCAAAACAGUUCCAUAAUUUUGCACAGCCGGUUGAAUUGAGUAACAAAAUUAAGAAAGUUUGUGAGAGAAUAUUCUGUAGUUGAUCAUAGUGGUCUACAAAAAACAUGGAAUCAUUUCGGUACAGUUGUGAUUGCAACGGCAAUUUCCGGAUCGCCUUGAAUCGCUUCAACGAUCCGGCGGAAAAACAACAGCUCGAAAAGGCAUUCGAUCAGCUGGUCGAUUCGGCUUGGGACGACGAAGACGAAGAGGCCGAUGAACUUUUGGCCUCGGUAAUACACACUAUGAAAGGCAAACAUCUUUCGGUGCCCGAACAUCAACUAGCCUUAAUGUGCAACGCAGCCUCUCAGAACCUUGAUGCAUCAAUCAUCUUCACAGUUUCGGACGACCAUCAACUCCAACAAUCAUGCUCGUGCAAAUCUAUUUCGCAGCAUCUUUCCAUUCUGUUAAACUGUGGUUUAGCGGAAUUGAAUAACUGUGUCGACCCUAAGGAACUUCGGCUCAUGGAUGUGCUGAGGGCUAUUGAACCCUUCCUAAAUGGCAGAUUUGGACAAGAUCGUGCAGUGAACGAAUUUUGUCAAGCUUUGUGGAGUUACAGCUUAAAACCUCCAUGUAAGGAUUCUAUUGUGUCGAAAUUAGUAUCAAUUGAUCCAAAUUAUCUAAAUAAAGUUAUUGAAAAUAUAUUAGCUGAGGACCUGAUAGAUGUAGACUUGCUGAUGGAUGAGGAUUUUUUCAAAACUUUAUCUUCCAUAGUUAGUAUUUCUGAAGUGUUUCGAUACGUAAGUUUUUAUAUAGCUGAUAAAGAUUUCAAAUCAUGUACGAAGUUGAAAGUACUACUAGGUGCUGUGCUAAAAACUGUCAAAGUAAAUUUACCGAAAGCCAAAUAUAUCCAAUUAUAUCCGUCCCAUUUGCAAUCAAUAGUGAUCGUUUUAAAUGAAAUCAUCGAUGCCAAUGAUCCGGUGAUACAGAGCAUGUUAGAACAAAUUAGGAAAACUACUCUCCUUGAUUAUAACCUUUUAGUUUCACAUUUUCCUAUAUUUCAGUUUAUUCAAUAAAUACAUAGCUUAAGUUAGAUCAACCUUCUUAUAUAAUUUUAUUCAUCCGAACAUUUCCCGUUCC